GCUACAUCAUUGUCGAUCCCGAGGUGCGACGGGUGUGCGAAAGCGCGAAGAUCUUGCCUAUUGUUUGUCCUUUGGAUGUGCCUUGAUCACCCACAUCAUACGAGGCAUACACACAUACAUACAUACAUUCAUCCCACAUCCAUAAUCCAACAUGAAGUGCCCAUCUCUCCUCCUCACGCUGCUCCUCCCCUCCACGGCCCUCGCCCUCGCCCUGCCGGCCGAACAGGCGCAGAACUCGAGCAUCGAUCCGAACCGCAAGUUUUCGUGCCCGGCAAAGGUCCAGGACUUUUGCUCCGCGUCCAACAUCCAUUCGGGGUGCACUGCCGACGGGAGGUUUACGUCGAGCGCGAUGGAUACGUGUGGCGAUUGUAGGUGCUCUUGAAGGGGGGGGUCGGCUGGGCUGGGCUGGGCUGGGCUGGGCAAUUUACUAGGAAUGAAAGAUUCCUUGGGCUUGGGAGGGUGGUUUUGGGAGGGUGGUUUUUCGUUGAAUACACGGGAAAACUUCUGUCUUUGAUGGGCUUUGUACUGGAUUUCUUUUGUGCGAGGUCGGUUUGCGUUUUCUGCUGGGUGCUUUAGAUGCCUAGGGUUCUUUCUUUUGGUACUGUCAAUGACAAGUAUACAUUGAGCAU